UACUUAUUAAUUUCCUCUUUGAGUCACGUGACUGUUUCUGAAGAUGAUUACUUUGGAACAAUGACAAAUUUCUGAAUUGUUUACGUUCUUUGGGGUGGAAAGACGUAUUACUGCAGCUGUAAUUGAAAUAUCCUAAUUAUAAAUUCCAGCCAUGUAAGUCUUAGAUGUGAACUUUUGCGGAAAACGAAAUUCAAAGUGGUUUUACUGGAGAGAAAGCAACGAAAAUGGCGUCAUCGAGAAAUGUGAAGCAACCUCCAGGAGCAGGGAUGUAUGAUCCUGCAAGUAAACUCCAGUCAAACACUCUCAAGAGACACCCGAAGAUGGACUUGAACAAGACAGACCUAUUGAGGUUACUCAGUUACUUAGAAGGAGAGCUUCAGGCUCGUGAUAUUGCCAUAGCCACCAUGAAGGCUGAGAAAGCAAAGCAACUGUUGUAUCAGGCGAAGUAUGGACGAUUUGGGCUUGGAGAUCCAUUCUCAGCACUGCAAAGAGAUUCCGAUAACCUAAAAGACAACACCUUUGAUGAGUCUGCCAUUAAGUCAAUGUAUGACAAUCAGUUAGCUCAGCUGGAGAAUCUGAUAGCGACACAGAGGAAAGCUCAGCUGAAAAUGAGGGAGCAGUUGUCAGUGGCUGAGAAACGAUACCACAAGGUUUGUAAUGAGUUGGAGGAUGAGAAGAGGAAGCACGCCCAGGACACCGCUCAAGGAGAUGAUGUGACGUACAUGCUAGAAAAAGAAAGGGAGAGACUCAAACAGGAGGUAAGUAGAAAUCCAAAGAGACAAUAACUCAUCAGACUAUCAAGAGGUGAAGGCACACUAGGGUUGAUUAGGAAAUGGGAAGAAUAUAGAAGGAGUUAGGUACCAAUGUUUUACUGUGAUUCAAAGCCAAAUGAAGAGAAAUUUUUAAACAUAUAUCUGGAACUGGAUAUAAACACUGUAAACCAGACUUUUCAGUGCUCAACACAAAGUUUUAUAAGAUUUAGAUCGGUAGAUUAAAAUUUUACUACACUUGACCUCAACAUCACUGUACCUGACCUCAACAUCACUGUACCUGACCUCAACAUCACUGAACCUGACCUCAUUAUCACUAGACCUGACCUCAAUAUCACUUGACCUGACCUCAACAUCACUGUACCUCACCUCAACAUCACUAGACCUUACCUCAUUAUCACUAGACCUGCCCUCAAAAUCACUAGACCUGACCUCAUUAGUGGUGACGUCUCAAUAUGAGUGAAAUAUUCUCGAGAGGGACGUAAAACAAUAUACAAUCAAUCAAUCUCUCUCCCACACCAUACAUGUAGAAGCAGGUUUUUUUGCAAAAGUCACCCACCAUCGAAUUAAUAUCCCACCA